UUUUUGUCAUGUUUAAUGUUUUUUUGUUUCUAUGAAAGGGGUAAAAUCCAAUGGUUUAUCGUGCGUGCAUGGGAGUCUUUCUCUUUCGAGUACCUGGUCCUGUGAGGGCGUUAACACCUAUUUAUUGUUAUUUUUCCAUUUAUGCCAGUUCUAAGCAUAUGCAUGACAUUACUACCUAGAAGCAUGUGGCUGGUUUACAAAAAUAUGUGCAUCUCAGGAAUAUCUCAAUCCGUUAAAAUGGGUUAAAACGGGUUAAAAUGUAAGUAAGUUAAUUGGAACGCUAGUUUGCCUUGAGCUCGUUUUGAUUUGAGCUCGUUUGUUGCUCGCUCGUUUUUGAUCGUUUCCACUAAGCUAGGUUAAAAUAAACCCAGGCUUAAAAUGUGUCGUUGGCCCACAACACUUCAGGUAAGUUAGAUUUAUAUUAUUAUAAACAGAAACCAAAACAUGCCAAGCUAUGAGAGAAUCAGUAUUCACAACAAUAGUCCUUGAGUUUUGUUGUUGUAAGUGUUGUUGUUGUUGUAAGUUGAUCAAAAGUUACCCGGCUUUGGCGUCCCCACUAGUCCACAGGUGGGUUUAAAGAUACCCGGGUGAAAACUGAUCCACGUGGGGACCCGUUUUUAAACUUAUCCGUCUGUCAAGUGGGUUAGUGGGAACGCGACGCAGAAACGGAUAACUUUUAACCCGUUUUUGUUUUAGCCCGGGCUAGUGGAAUGGCUGCCAUAGUGGAAAGGCUGCCAUAGUCUCAAAAUGUAUCAAAUUAUUUAUUUUUCCGUGAUUUUUUUCUCUAUGAACCAUACCUUCGCUGCUGGUAAAUACGGGCGGGAAGGACGAUAAGCCCGAAUAUUCUCUAAGACCUUUUUGACCAAGCGGUGUUAUCCAAGCGAUAUCAUCCUGGUAUUUCUGUUUGUGUUUUAACAAUUUUGUUGUUGCUGCUGUCAUUGAUGCGCAUGAAUCUGGCAAUGGCAGUUUUCCAUAUGAAAUGUAAGAAUAUUUAAGUGUUUUCAUUCUGCCUUGCCGAAGGGUGCCUUAAUUAACAAAAAACUUCGAAACACCUUUCAAAAUGAAGCCUCGUGUUAAAGGUUUUGUCAUUCUAAAUUCAACGUUGUGAAUGAAACUGGUGCUCUUUUGAGACGUGAGUCUGGCAUUUGGCUCCUUGUUGUGAAUCGAUAUGAAAAGCAUCCCGCUGAGUUGGUCUCCUUGGUUCAAACUAAACAGCUUAAAAAUAUUGAGUUAAACAUUCUUCUCAUAUGAAUUUCGCACUUCUUUGCGAUGUAAAGAAGUGAUUAUCGAUCAAACAAACGAAUGUUGUCCAUUUACAUCAAGUGAUUAAAUUUAGCGACUGUUUGCUCAACGAAUUGUUUUCGGAUUCGUUCUGUAAAGGUUGGCAUCAAAGCAAGCUAGCUUUUACUGCACUGUUCCAAUGCAGGGAAAAAGCCACCUUUUAUUCUUUUCACUCCGGCUUUUUUCCGUUGGUGGAUUUAUACUGAUCCGUUAUACAUGCUUCCUAUACAACUGAUCCAUUCUACAUGUCCGCUACUAUAUGGGUUAUUUUGUGAAUGGAAGGAAUUGACCUCAUUUCUACUCGGAUAUCCAGUUGAAACGCUAUGCAUUAUCAGGUAGGAUGCUUAUUGAAAUAUCCACGAUCCACGUUGCUUUGAAUUGCUUAUCCGAGAACUGUCCUUUGCAGAAAUCUUAAUGAUUUAUUGUAGGAUAGUUUUACUAACAACAGGCCUAGCUCUUAUUUGAAAAUCCUUUUUGGUGGCUUUUGAUAUUCGAAAUCUGAAAUUUUUAAGAAGUUUGCAGUGAAAUUUUUCUAGCUUCCACGGAAAGGUUUCCUUGUCAUACUUUUUAGUUGAAUUUGAAUUUGGUAUUAGGCCCCCAUAAUGUGUCCUUGUGACAAAAGCUAUCAUUAUUUGUGAUGAAAGUCAUACUUAUUUCUAUUAAUUUCCGAUUACUGUGUAUGUUUGCGAACAGUUUCCAUCCCGAACUUUUUACAAGGCCGAGAACCUGUUCAUGAGUUGCCUUCAGAACUGCUUUUCAGUACAAACGUGUGCUACUCCAUAUUUCUGAUAGUCAGGAAGCUUAACUCUGGCUCAGAUGUGGGCUGUAAAGGCUUUGAUGUCUCGACAUCCUUAAUCAGUGCCAAAUACCAAUCUCCCGUUAUACGGAAAAAAUUGAUGAUUGAGAGGUUUAUCGUGUAAAAGAGGUUAUAUCCUAUAACAACCUUCCCCCUGUAAAUUUCAUGUUUUCAGAAAUCGAUUUCUCAUUCAUCGACCUCAUUUUGUCUUUGAAAGAACCAGCCUCGGUCCUAUAAAUUGAUGCUUGUCACCUGCUGGUUUUUAUGCAAAGAAGAGAAUUUCAAAGUUUACCCGCGUUAAAAUCUCAGUGAAUAAGAAACCAGUGAGGUUUGAGUUUGCACAAACUUGUGAUUUUUGACGCAAAUUUGGAUCUUGUUUUCUUGCAACAAAAUCGCAGGUUUACAGGUAUUAAAAACAGGUGACUUGGGACGCUUGUGACGAGAUACCAUUGCUUGAUAGUUUCAUAGAUUUGGUCGAAGGAUUCAUUGAAUCAAAAGGGCUUCUUAACAUCAAUUUAUCAAACUUUUCAGUUGUUAUCCAAAACCGACGGUAUCAUCAAAAAAUAAACCCUCAGAUCGCCCUCUUCGAAAGCUGGCUACCAGACCUUCUUUGACCCAUGCCUGCGUCAGAGAACCAAACGGAAGCAAGGUCCUUUCUUUGUUAAGUCUUUGACACACUUUUGUAACCUGCUUUUUACUUAGUGAGUGGUAGCCUUGGCUCAUGAAGCUGUUUACGAUCAUGGUUUGCUGGUGAUCGAAGUUGUAGUGACUUAAAGCCAUGCUGUAGCGGUUUCCAGCAGAAUUAUUGUGUCAAAAAUAAGUCUAUGCUUUACUGUUUAUCAGACAGGCUCUGUUAAGUCAAUCAUAAUGCUCAUGGAUUGGCAACUAAAUUGGAAAAGCAGACUAUUAUUCAAGAUAUUGUUGGCAGAGAUUGUUUCAGGAUCAAAUAGCUUAUGUAUGACAGUUGUUUUGUGGUGUAGCUCUCGACUUGUUUUUCAACGAGAAAUGUUCCAUACACGAUUUGAUCUAUAUAUUACAUAGGCCAGCAAUCAACUUUGUUGGUGAACCAAUCACCCCCGUUUUUGCAGAGUAGAGCAUGCGCAAUAGUAUUGAGAAUUCGACACGCAUGGCCUUUGCUUGUUCGUCUCGCUGACAAGCAUGUUUUGAAGUAAGUUAAGUGGUUUAUGAGUCGGAAAAACAUUUCUGUCUUAUUAACAUUCGCAAACCACGCCUUAAAUUAAUUGAAAAUGUCUUUAAUCUCAACGCUUUGCGGUGGAGAUGAGAACUUGCAUGUGUCGAAUAAAAUAUUUUCGUACCAAUUCUUUUGAGCUUACUACAGUGACAAUAUAUCACUUUUUGGGAAACCUUUUAGCGUUAAUUAAUCGCACGUGAUGGUUUUCGCGAAUUUAACUCGUCCAUCUUUGCUCUAAACAAAGAGCCUCUUUGUGAGUUUUAAUCUUUGAAGUGCUGUUGGUCAAAUCAUAAAAUGAAGCGAGUCAUCUUUCAUAUUUCGUUGUAAGCUGUGGUUUUUCUGAAUCGAUACUUGUCUUGGUUGUUGUUACACAAGGUUAAUUUUUACUGCUGACCCCAAAUAGCUGUUCUUGAAGUUUUUAUCAGCAAUAGUGCUUUUAGGGAAAGUUGUGUUUGCUAUUAAAGUCGUGCAGGUUGGUUUUGCGGCAAUGUGAAUAUCCACUUUAUUUUGGGUAUGAUAACACGUACUUCAGAGAAAACGCCAAAACAGUGUCUAGCUCAGAGCUCCAAUACUCACUUUUCCAAGCUUCAAAGAUUGGUUCGGAAUAGUAGUGCUUUAUGCCUCCUCUUGUAGGGGACAGCAUGCCCUACGUCCUGGCUGGCACCCACACUUGAUCGCUAUUUUGAUCUUCCUUAGUAGCUCCCUGAAACAUCUUUAAUAGCAUAUCGAAAACUCAAUAAAAACACAGAUGACAGAGUUUUGUUCAUUAUCAACUGCUAUGCCUCUAAACAUACAUAUAUAUAUGUACGCGGUCUUUCGUCUUUACUACUUUUCUCGAAUGGUUGGGAUUAGUAAUUCCCUGAAAAGUUGAUAUAUCGAAAUCUCAAUAAAAUCGCCUUUUGAUUUUCGUUCAUCAUACAUAUAUGCACCGUCUCCUAGGAUCCCUUGCAUGUUUCUUGCAUGAGCUAUUGCAAGAUUUUUUUUCUUCUGUGCAUGCUGCAUGAUACCUGCGUGGCACACAAUUUAUAAAGCACAAUAAUUUUAAAGCGAUUAAAUGAUGGCAUUGCUUGGUUGAAAGUACGAUUUAGGUAAGUCGAUUGCUUUACCAAAGAUCUUAUUAUUGUUUUAUGACGGUUUUCUUUUUAUCCAAUUUGUAAAUAUCCUCCUCAAUAUCGAGAUAUAUCCGUAGCAUAUUCUUAACAUUGAUGCCAGAACUCGACCUCUAUGUUGCUGGUGCUGUUUUUAUCGAAAGCUCAAGCUGCUCUGUAAAUUUCACCGCGCUCAAUUUGUUCUCAUCUACCUGCCAACCUGAAUAUGAUCAUGAGUGAUGGUGAUUUGAAAAUCGGGGUUGUACCGAGGGAUGAAGACAUACUGCAACUGGCAUACCAGGAAUACGUCUAUGACGGAGCUUCCCUUGGGUACACAGCUGGCUUAGAGCAGUUGGCUCAAGAUUUCGACAUGCAGCAGCCAAGUCUAAAUAAAUGGGCCGCACCAAUCGCCGGAUCCCGAAAGGGGUCACGUGAUGACGGCAAUGCUGAGAUUACAAAAACAAAGGUAUCCAAAUAUGAUCCUUGUGUGAGUUUUGCAGCGGGUGCUCCUGUUAUUAAGCAAGAUUACAAGUGCUCGUUGUUUGUGAAUCAAAAUCACACAGGCUCAACUUCAAGUUCUGGUAAAAGCACGCCGGGUACGCGAAAUAGCGGUGGAUCAACUCCUCCUUGUAAAGUAACAAAAAGAAUCGAUCCUUGUGUGACAUUUAUUGCUGGUAAGCCAAUUCUGACACCGCCAAGUGAGGACGAUGAAGAUACGCGACGGGAGUUAUCGCGCGGUGCAGUCAACCCUAUCACGCUAAAGAAAGCGUUGCGCCACAAUUUUCCAGAGGAAACAAAUACCGAAGACAAUGCCGCAAAGAAAGGGCGGGUAAUAAUCAAACAACAUUUCGACAAAGAGGCGCUACAAAUCGCGCCGCAUAGUACAACAGACACAGACAAGAUGUCAAGUAAUUUCGGCGAAAAUGGCAAAAAAUCUUCCGCUAUUAGUGUCCUUAGGGACGAUUUCCGUGUACCCGUAUCAAAGAAUGAUUCAAACGCCGUCAAAAAGAAUGUUGUUAAUCAUGGAAAUUCACGAGAUGCCACCUUUCUUCUGAGCGUAUCUUUAGCAGAGAACGACCACACUCAGUCGUCUACUACUGUAACCUACCCUAAAGAUCUCAUUUCCCGCGGGCAACGGCCUAGAGUUGGCGGUAAUCUAACGUCAUUAACGUCACAAGCGACUUUGGUUGAAAGCAAUUCGAAGAGCUCGUUUGAUAGGAAUCAAAUUGCAAGACGAGGCAUCAGAACCCAUGGUGGCAACAUAGGAAAAAGGGAUACUCAGAUUGAGGAGAAGGCCAAAAUUGGAUUUGUUGUAGCAACUAAAGAAAGAGCGCAACAGCAGAAGAUAUCCAGCUCAUCUGAUCUUUCAGAUGAUGAUUCAGCUGUGGAAAACAAGGAAGUGGAUGGGAAUCUGGAAGCAUAUUUAUUGAAAGGAAACCGUCGUGUUUCAUAUUUAAUUGCAACUGCAACAUCACCAACGACUACUCUCCCGCACAAAUUAUCUGACAUUAGCAACCAGGAGGCGGACGAUGAAGACAGUGAUACCCUAAAUACUUCGCACCAGCUUCAUCGGCAGUAUUCACAAGAGUCAGUCGAAACUGAUGUAGAUGACAUGAAAUUGCUCCCUGUUGUCAAGGAAGGUUGGCUUAACAAAAAGCUUGUGCAUUCCUCAGAUGGCAGAAGGCGUGCGAGCUCCCGAGCUUGGAAAGCCUUGUACACUGUUCUUCGCGGCCAUUAUCUCUAUUGUUAUAAGGAUAAAAUCGAGCUUGAAGGUACUACUUACGACGAGGAACAGAUGCAAAUCAUUAACCUGAAAGGGUCCUUAGUUGAUAUCGCCCAUGAUUACGCGAAGAGGAAACAUGUCUUGAGGCUGACUACUGUAACUGGUUCUGAGUACUUAUUCCAGGCCCAAGACACUCAAUCUUUGAUGGCAUGGGUGAAUUCUAUUCGGGAAAACAAUCCAGAAAAAGACACUAAUGUCAAUGCUUACGAAAGUGUUAUUGUCAAAAAGAUGAAAAGUUACGAAGGAGGAGAUUCAAGCACCGGAAUCUCGCCCCCAGGAACGACAAAGUCGAGCAACAGCAAAAGAGGACUCUCCCUCAAGAAAACACAUUUCACUCUCGGUUAUAAAAACACGAAAAAACGUGGUCUGGUCAACAUUCAUAUUUCGCAUGGAAAAGACAAAGAGGUCCAAGCGACAGGGUACACGUUCGGGUUGUCAUUAGAAAAGUGUCCGCCUGGAAAAGAAAAUGAGUUUGUACCUGUUAUCAUUGAACACUGCUGCAAAGUUGUUGAAUCAAAGGGACUAGAUUAUCUUGGAAUUUACAGAGUGCCGGGAAAUGCUGCCGCUGUCCAGUUGCUGCAAGAUGAACUCGACAACAAAGAGCCAGAAGCAAUCAAUUUCGAAGAGGAGAAAUGGAAUGACUUGAACAAUAUUGGCAGCCUUCUCAAAUCUUUCCUGAGGAAAUUGCCCGAGCCCUUAAUUCCAAAAGAAAUGUAUUCAAAAUUCAUCGAUGCAAAUCGAGAAGAAGAUUCGAACGAAAGACUCCGGUCACUUCGACAUCUCAUUCGUACUUUGCCAGAUUACCACAAUCAAACUCUGCGAUAUCUUAUCAAUCACCUUCGACUUAUCGCAGACCACUCAGACAGUAACAGGAUGGAACCAAAGAAUCUAGCCAUCGUGUUUGGUCCAACUGUGGUUCGCACGAGUGAUGAGAACAUGGUUUCAAUGGUGAAGGACAUGUCUGACCAAUGCCGCAUUAUUGAAACUCUUAUUCAUCAGGCCGAUUGGAUUUACUCUGUAGAUGACAGCAUGGAGUGUGCAGUUGAAGAGGGUAUGCAGGCUGACCCUGAUGGAAACAAAUGCUAUGUUGCCUCAAGAGGGUUACUCGAGUCAUUAGGACAGAUGGCAGAAAAUUUUGAAGGAGAACAACCAAACAAAAAUAUUGGAACAAAAGAUGUAAAGGAUAAGGGUGUGGCAUCGGCAAUAAUGUCCCUGACGAACUUCACAUCAGGAAUUUCCCUGAAAUUGAGGAAUAAAGCAAUAUCGCCCGUGUUUUCAAAGAAAAUGGGUAAACAAGAUAAUUCUUUGAGUCCUGAUUCUGAAAGUGUACAAACAGACGACUCGACGGCCCCGCAUUUAAGGCGUCUGGCGUCAGACCCUCAAAUUUUGUUACAGGAUUCCGGUUCAGUAAAACAUCACUGUGCCUCAGAAGGAGAAAAUGAAGACGACCAUAUUCGUGUGAAAUCAAAAAUAAAGGCAAAGUACUCCAGAGCUGUGCCACUUGGGCCAAGCACUGAAGGAAAUAAAACUGUCGUAAAGCAACCAAAAUCGGAAUCGCGUAAGAAUUCGUGUGAAAGUGAACCGCAACAGUUACGGCAAAAUAACGGGGCGAAUAUUACAUUGCAAAUACCAUUGCGGGCUGAAGUAACAGUAAGGGAUUACGACAAAAGGGACACUACAUCUGAAUCGUACAAAGCGGCGAUGUUAAGCGAAAAAACGCGACUACGGCUCCAGCAGGUGAGCGUAGAGCAUCAAGUGGCGAUGGAGAAGAGACAAGCGGAAAGAGAGAGGAUUGACAAAGAACGCGAGAAAACUAUCAGGGACUUGAAGCAAGAGGAGGAUGAGAGCAUAGGAGAUGACGUGUUGUCGUCUCAAGUGAGGGACAGUGACGACAGUGUGAGCACUACAAGUGAAAGUAAUGCAAGCAGCAGGAAGGAAAGUUUAGACUCGCUGUCGAGCCCAGUAUCGGCAAGAAAGUACAAGAUCACUUCUCGAAGGAUAGCUGAAAGUGUCAGCAGCGAUGAAAAGGCGCCAUCUUACAAGCUCACUCAAGAUGAAAUUGAUCAAAGGGAGCGCGAGCAGAGACAGCUAGAUUUGUUCUUGGGACAAUUUGAGACGUCUGAUGAAGACGCAAAACAAUCGCCUAUUUCGGAAUCGAUCCCAAUAGCAGACGCUGGUCACGCAAGAAGUAUCACGACAGUGGAAAAUCUUGGUGCAAAAAGUUUAGACGAGAAAUUGAGAAUUUUACUGGAUCCAAAUUUCCAAGAAAAGGACGGGAAGUUAGUAAGGAGAAAUUUGUCUAGUUCCUCUUCAAAUAACUCUAGUACGUCUCCGAUCGACAGAUUUGAUGCUUCGAGAAAUAAUCCCCUCGGGUAUGGAGCACAAUUACACUCGAAAAAGGCGGAUUUCGCCGCAUCGAUCAGGCGCUUCGACAAGCCAUUGAAAACCAAAGUCAUUGGCCUAAGCGCGGCUAAAUUAAACACUCCCGUUUAUACGCCCGAUAUGGCAGCUAGGUUUGAUAACUUUCGUCAAAAGAAGCAAGAACUUGAAAAGAAAGUUUCAAGUAUAUUACAAGACUCUUCGAAAACUAAAAGCAUUUACGAUAAUGAAUCUAAUAAGACUGACGAGCAAAAAGUUGCAAGUUUACGCCAAAAGACGCAGAUGAACAAGUCGCAGCGGCUAUUGAGUCCAACACAGCGCGUCAUCGUGUCUGCAUCUGAUAUUUCGCAAUAUCCUCACCGCGCGGUUACUGCGCACAGGAACAUCGAGUCUUCGCUACAAAGACUCGAUCGAAAUGUGCAGCAGGUUGUAGAGCUGUUACAUGAUUCAAACAUGAAAGAAUUACAAGGUGAGAACUCGGAACUUGCCGCGUUGCUGAAUAACCUACAGCGUCAAGUAACCGCAGAUAGUGAUCCUGGUGCUCUCAAAGCAAAUAAAUUUCCGUCCAGUAUUCCUGAAGCUGAUGACAGGAGUGCUCCAUAUCAAUCUAAAGGAAAACGUGCUGAAGUCUUGUCCCUGCCAAUCAAUGCUUCCAAACAUGAACCGAAUAAAGGCGACCGCGUCCGCGUGCAACGUUGGAGAACUGGGUCAGAACAGCCAAAACCAGAAUACGGCCAGUUUUACCCGAGGUAAUUUUGUGCGUCAGCCUUUCGUAGAGAGCGACAAAAUCUUGUGGUUUUGAACCUUUUAUAACGGCAGCCUAGACUUUUAAAGAAUGUGCGUUUUAGAGAAAAGAUAUCUAUUUUUUUAAGUUUAUUUUUAAAUCUAAACGAACCCUUAUCGUUUAAUUUAUACAGUUCAUAUGUUAUUGCAUUUUUUUUGACUUCGUCGUUGUGUUGCGAUAAUUUCGACAAAAUCUGUGUAUAAAGUGGCGUUGGGCUGUGACAGGUUACAAGAGGGGAAAGUUUCGAUUUAGUUUUAUAUCGCCUUGUAAUAUAGGGUUUUGCCUAGCGCAUCUUUUUCAAUGUAAGUAAUUUACUGUUAAUUAUUCAUUCCUAUUUAUACCUUUUGCAUUGUUAAAGGCUUAGUUCUGCCUUCAUCUGAGUUUGCAUUCACCUUUGCCCAUGAGCUGACAGUCCCACAGCUGCAUCAUUUCUACGUCACAGAAAUCAAGGAAAGUACAUUUUUUAGUUCUUCUUUCCAAUUCUCGUGUUUUCUCUUCUCGUGUACGUCUUCAAAACUAGAAUUGCUCAUAACCAUAAACCAUUCGUUAUAUAAAUUAUUUGCUUAUUUUGGACUCAGUUUCUUAUUUCGUGUUGCAAAUUUGCAAGCUGUUAAUCGCAAUGCCUUUCGCUUUUGUUCCUUCAGUAGGCCAAACGAUAGCUGCUGGCGAGAACCUUGGUUUGAGAAUUAUUCGGAGCUAAUCUUUAAUGCAUGUUGUACAUCUCCUGCACUUUUUUAGCAAACAUCUCAGAGCAUUCUCCCUUAUACCCUUCUAGUGAUUCUUUGCCUUGAGCAGAGAGUGAUGUUUUACUAGGAGUUUCGUUUCCACUGGCUUGACUAAAAUAGUCAAUGGAAGACUCCGAUCCCCCAAGGGGCGCAUAUCCCCUUCAUUGCCAGAAAUUCCCCACGACAUAGACCUAUGUAUAGAAAAACUUGCUAUCUUAAGAGGCAGUUGCCCCCUCCUUUAUGUUCUGAAUCUGGUGUUUGCCCCUAUUUCGUGAAAGAAAACACACCCAUUUUGCAGAGGUACCCAAGAAAGCUGAUUGUUUGUAACCGCCUCACGAUGUUCAGAUUUGAUACGAAAUUAUGUACGCCGUUAAUAUUUAUAUAACCUUAAAACGGUACUUGCGAUCAAAUUAGAAUAUUAAAAUUGGACAGCCUAGUUUCAGUUUGACAACAUAAUAUUUUGUGGACAUGGUUUUAGUAUAUAAGUCUCAUAAUCAAUAUUAUGGUUGUUGCAGUUGUGUACUGUGUAUACGUGUAAGAAGCGUAAAGCUCAUGUGAAGCUUACUUUUGUAAAAAUGUAUAACAAAACACAUACAUUUUCAACCACAUAAUCACAUAUGUAUUCACCGAACAAAGCCGUAUGUUUUGUUUAUAUUGUCUUCCGAUGUAGGUCUUUAAGGUUCCGAUGUAGCAAGAUACUUUGUAGCUAAAAUACCCGUGUGUAACAAGCCCGGUGAUAAUUUUUUCACGGGAGAUAGAAAGCAAAUAUGGCAGUGGACUGAAACAUUUUUCUUGGUCUGGCGGGGGAUUUUAUGGGGGACUCGCCGGUCAGGAGAUUUCUCACCGGAAUCUUAAACACAAAUGCAAGUAUACAUGGUGUGGCUAUGGACGGGGUCAUUGGUGUGGCUUCUAUAAAUUUCCUUUAGCGCACAGACCCCCUUCCUAACUUUUGAGGACGGCACCCCUGCCGGUAAACGAGUCCCACAUUUCUAGGCCACAGUUAAUCAAGUCCAAACUUUGCCCGAUGCUGGCUAAUGAGGAUCAGAAGAAAGGUUUCUAGAAGUUAUGCAAUCCCCGUCCAAAAUAAAACGCAGGAUAAACUUUAGCUGCAUUUUCGCAUCGUUCUAUGAACAAUCUUCCAAUACGUUGGAUUCAUUAAGUCACACGCUUCUUGGGAAACAUUUCCUAAAUCUUUAGAGUUUUAACAGGUGUCAUGAAAUGGUCUCUUCCUUUGCCAGGGGCACUCUCAAAGGCUUUAAAAGUGAGAGGGAGGGCAAGUAAAAAGUACACGCACAUAAAAGAAUGUAUAUCAAAGUAAUUUUGUUUUUGCUUGCAAAGAGUGGCGCAAGAGUCAUGCCAAUGGCCCUGUGUGCCAAUAGACCUUUUGUUUCAUUUCGCGCCAAAAUUCUUGAUACUUCCAGGUAAAGCCAUUUGGAUCUAAGAGUUCCACAUCUGCACGCUGAAGAAUUACCCUUGAUCCAUUUUCCUCCAAAAAAGGUUUCUUGCAAGGGAAAUGAUGAAGGUGCAUUGAGAUGGAAAUGAAUGAACCCGAAUUCGAGUUCAUUGUAGCAGAAUUGUUGAAGUGUAGGUGAAAAUCUGAUGACAACAAUUUUUCCAACUAUUCAAACCUAACAAUCAAAGGAAUGGUAACAGAAGAGCAUUUCAACAAACCUGCUGGUCGAUAUAGUGGUAUGUUAUACUUCUCUAUAAUAGGCAUUUGGAUGGAACUUUGUUUUCGUACAAACUUCUCUGAAGUUGUAUGUGUCAAAUCAUGUUAAAUCAGCGCCAGUUGCAAACGUUAAUAUUUUGCAAAUUCAAACUUCGCAUAAUGACACUUCACUCUUCCUUCUACAACUUGAAAUUUCCGCUAUCUCCUGCUUCUUCUUAUGAUUGAUAAACAUCCGAAAUUUUAUGACAUUGGAAGCUCCAGGGGGUUGAGGCUGUGGACACCACGUCCAACCGGUUAAAUUUGGUCAAUCAGUUUCCUUGACCAGUAGAUGCUUUUGGAAAAGGGUUGGUAGCUGUAGACUGAGUUGCCUUGGACCAAGUGAUAUCGAGAAUAAGAAACUUGGUAGAAAAAAAGCAGGAGAGAGCAGUGGGACCUUCUUUCUAAGAGGUAAAGAAGUUGGAAUAUUUGUAAACGGGCCAGGAAGGGCUGCAGCCCCUCAAUCUAGCAACAUUAUCGCAUUUCAAAUUCUUUUCAGGCAGCUCUAUCUCAAUUUAGCAAUACUUUUUGGGUAAUAUCGAUGCAAGCAGUGGCGUACUCAAG